AUGGAUGUAACUCGUGCACUCUCCCUCUCUAUCACCUCUCCAUGUCGCCGCGUUGAAAGGCCUGCAUGGUUGCUAGACCAAGGGGCUAGCGUUAAUACGCCCAUACCGGGAUCGAAAAUCACGGCACUUAUCCUGGCGGUCUUAGGAAACCGCGUACCCACUGCGCUUCUACUGCUCGCCAACCAUGCUGAUCCAGACCUACGAGAACAUAACGCCCAAGAUCUACCCACCGUCCUCCAUCUAGUGUGCACGCUCGGGCUAGCCGAACUAGCAGAUCGGCUUCUGACAGGGCGGUACUCGGCCUGGGAGCUGCUCGCGUUGCCGAUGUUCUCUGACCACCUGACGGUAGAAGGAGCAAGUCGUAUGCUCUGGGCUGUAUUAUCUCUCAGAGGCCGAGAGCUUGCAGAGCACGUCGAGACGGCCGUGCAGAUGCUACGACACCUCCUCGGCCGCGGCGCCAACUCCGAUCUGGGCAGAUUUCUCUGGCGUCAACCAGGGGGCGUCAGCUAUCCCGUCCUGCUGAAGCUACUACCCCCGCUCCUCGAGGCGGGGAUGAAUAUCAAGCCCGCGCCCAGCACGCGGCGGCGCGCCCGACGGCAGCCACUAGCCAAGUACGGAGUCAACGACCUCCUCGGACAGACAAGCCCUUACGACGAGAGCCAGGACGAUGAGGGUGCGGCCGCCCAGCUUGGGAUUAUCCAUCUACUGCUUCAGCACGGCGCUCCAUCGGCGGAGCCACGCGUGGAGACACUCUGGACUCGUAUCCCCUUGCACCUGACGAACAACUUCACGGACGAGCUGGUUGGUCGUACAAGCUAUGUCAGAUUCUUCUGGAUCAUUGCAACAACACGCCAGAGGACGAACGGGGAGAGGACGUCGAUGCCUUUUUGA